AUGGAGCAGAUGAAGGGGUCAGCCAUGUUUCUGCUGGAGCUGCUAAUUCUUGGGGGCCUGAGAGCCGGGAAGGGCUCUGCCGUCCUGGGCACCCUGGAUCUACAAAUUGAUGAGGAGCAGCCAGCUGGCACCAUCAUUGGGGACAUCAGUGCUGGCCUGCCCCCUGGAACUAGUGCCUACAUGUAUUUCAUCUCAGCACAGGAGGGCAGUGGUGUUACCACUGACUUGGGGAUAGAUGAGAACACUGGUAUCAUCAAAACAGCUCGUGUCCUGGACCGAGAGACUCGGGACCACUACAGCUUCAUUGCUGUUACCCCAGAGGGCAUCACAGUAGAAGUGAACAUCCAAGUGAAUGACAUCAAUGACCAUGCUCCAGCCUUUCCCAAACAACACAGCACCUUCCAGAUCCCAGAGCACACACCCAUUGGCAGCAGAUUUCCCUUGGACCCAGCCUUCGAUGCUGACAGUGGCCUACUCAAUACGCAAGGCUAUGUGAUUAAGGGAGAGAAUGUGGGGCAGGCCUUCCGCCUGGAAACACGUCGAGGACCCAAUGGGGUCCUGUAUUUGGACCUGGUGGUCAGCAAUGUCUUGGAUCGGGAGAACCGUUCAUCAUACUCGCUGCUGUUGGAAGCCUAUGAUGGUGGCUCUCCUCCUCGGAGUACCCAGAUGACACUGGAUGUGUCCAUCCAGGACAUCAAUGACAAUGCUCCUAGCUUCAACCAGAGCCGCUAUCAUACUCUCAUCUCGGAGAAUUUGAAACCUGGCAGCAGCAUCCUGCAGGUCUUUGCCUCUGACGCGGAUGAAGGUGACAAUGGGGAUGUGAUUUAUGAGAUCAACCGGCGGCAGAGUGAUCCUGACCAGUACUUUACCAUUGAUUCCCGGACUGGAGUUAUCAAGCUCAACAAGGGUCUGGACUAUGAAGUAAGGAAGGUGCAUGAGCUGGUGGUGCAGGCAAGGGAUAAGGCUGUCCAUCCUGAGGUCACCACAGCCUUUGUCACUAUUCAUGUGCGUGACUACAAUGACAACCAGCCCACCAUGACUAUCAUCUUCCUGAGCGAAGAUGGCUCCCCUCAGAUCUCUGAGGGAGCCCAGCCUGGCCAGUAUGUGGCACGCAUCUCUGUUUCUGACCCAGACUAUGGCGAGUACUCCAAUGUCAACGUCACACUGGAGGGAGGGGAUGGCAAGUUUGCCCUCACUACCAAGGACAACAUCAUCUACCUGAUCUGUGUGGACCAGCUUCUGGAUCGGGAAGAAAGAGACUCCUAUGAUUUGCGGGUGACAGCUACUGACUCAGGAACACCCCCACUCCGGGCAGAAUCAGCCUUUGUGCUGCAGGUGAUGGAUAUCAAUGACAACCCUCCACUCUUCGACCAGCAGGAGUAUAAACAAAGCAUCCCCGAGGUUGUGUACCCGGGCAGCUUUGUCCUGCAGGUGACAGCUCGUGACAAGGACCAGGGUCCCAACGGGGAGGUGCGGUACAGUAUCGUGCAUGGCCGUGACCACUCCAGCUGGUUUGCCAUAGACCCUGCCACAGGUAUCAUCACCACCGCUGCCCCACUGGAUUAUGAGAAGGAUCCUCAGCCUCAGCUGACUGUGCUGGCCACAGACAGGGGAACCCCUGCCCUCUCUUCUUCAGCUGUGGUGCAUGUGGCCUUGCAGGAUGUCAAUGACAAUGAGCCAGUGUUCAGGAGUAAUUUCUACAAUGUGUCCCUGAAGGAGAACACCCCUGUUGGGACCUGCUUCUUACAGGUGACAGCCACAGAUGCAGACAGUGGCACGUUUGGCUCCCUUUCCUACUCCAUUGGUUCUGGCAUCGGCAGUGUUGUCCCCACGCAGUUCAGCAUUGACAAGCACACAGGGCAGCUGUGCACUGUUCAGCCUCUGGAUCGUGAUGAGGGCAUGUCUGCCUAUGAUUUCACCAUCACUGCUGUUGAUGGGGGUGGCCUGAACUCCAUGGUGUAUGUGAAAGUUUUCCUGGAGGACAUAAAUGACAACCGGCCAGUGUUUUACCCGCUGGAGUAUGCUGCCAGCAUCAGCACCCAGAGCAUGCCAGGUACAGCUGUGCUGCGUGUUACUGCCCACGACAAGGAUGAGGGGCUGCACGGGAAAGUGACCUACCGCAUUGUCCUGGGAAACUCACCCCCUCUCUUCUCGCUCAACAAGGACACAGGUGUCAUCUCGCUCUCAUGGUCCCUGAGUGGUAAAGCCAACACCUUGGUGCAGCUGGUGAUCUCUGCACAAGAUGGUGGGGGCCUACAGGCACAGCCAAAUGCCCGGGUGAACAUCAGCAUCGUGGAGGGUACAGUCUCACCCCCUGUCUUUGAGCAAGCUCAGUACUUCUUCACAGUGCCUGAGGACAUGCUGCAGGGUGCCACUGUGGGGGCUGUCCGCGCCCAGAACCCUCCAGGUCAUGCUGAUGACAUCUUUUAUUCCAUCUCCUCGGGAGAUCCUCAUGGCUACUUUUCCAUCGACUCUGCCUCUGGGCAGCUCCACACCAGCCUGCCUCUUGAUCAUGAGUCCCAGGCAGUCCUCAUUCUGGAUGUCCAGGCCCGAAGUGGUUCACCUCCUGCCUAUAGCAACACACGUGUGAAAAUCUCUGUGUCAGAUGUGAAUGACAAUAUGCCAUUGUUCCCAGCCCCCUCUGACUCCAUUCUGCUGCCAGAGGCCACAGAACCUGGGACUACAGUGUACACUCUGCAGGCCGAGGACCGUGACAGCGGUGCCAACGGCCAGGUGAAUUUUGAGCUGGUGUCAGGAGGUGAUGGCACCUUCAGUGUGGAGCGCUCAUCGGGGGCGGUGCGACUGAUUGGGGCCCUGCAAUACGAAGCCAGCGCAGCCUACAGGCUGGCCAUUGUGGCCCGAGACAGUGGCGUUCCCCAGCUCAGCUCCACGUUCACACUGCUGGUGCAUGUGCAAGCUGAACACGACAAUGGGCCCAUCUUUGACACACUCACCUAUCGCGUGGAGGUGCGGGAAGGUGUGCCUGUCUCCACGCGCUUCUUGCAGGUGCGGGCCCUGGCACGCGAUGCAGAAUCCAUGACCCUUACCUACCACUUGCGUGCAGAUGGGGAUGCUGCCAGCUUUGGCAUCAUGCCUGAGAGUGGUUGGCUGUAUGUCAAAAGCGCACUGGACCGGGAGACACGGGACCUGUAUGUACUCACAGUGCUGGCCUCGGCAGGAGGCAGUGGUGCAGGGGGGGAAGCCCGGAAAACAGGCACCAGCACUGUACGGAUCAGCAUCACUGAUGAGAACGACAACAGCCCCCGGCUGAGUGAGGAGCGUUACUUCUUCACUGUUCCUGAGAAUCAGGCUCCUGGUAGCAGUGUGGGGAGGGUGAUGGCAAGUGACCGGGAUGCUGGGCAGAACAGCCGGCUCACCUACCGUCUGCUCCAGCACGAUCCCAACUUUCUUAUUCACACACAGACAGGGGAGCUCAGCACCAAGCAUAGCCUGGACCGGGAGCAGCAGUCCAGCUACCAGCUCUUGGUGAUCGUGCAGGAUGGGGGAGCACCACCCCGCAGUGCCACAGGAACCAUCUAUGUCACUGUGCUGGAUGAGAAUGACAACACCCCUGCUUUCCUUCACGUGGCCAGUGGUCAGGAGCUGCCUGUGCAGGUGCUGGAAGAGAAGCCAUCGGGACUUCUAGUCGCCUCCCUGCAGGCCAAGGACCCCGACGAGGGUGAAAAUGGGACCAUCAUCUACUCACUGAUAGGAGCCUGGGCAGAGCGUUUCACACUGCACAUGGCUACUGGAGAGUUGCGGACUGCCACAGUUCUACGCCGAGCAGAUCGUGCUGAGUACAUCUUCACUGUGACAGCCAGUGACCGGGGCACAGUGCCUCGCAGUACGUCAGCCAUCAUUCGCAUACAGGUACUGCCAUCUUCCCGGGUGCUGCCACGGCCUGAUGCCACUGUGCUGACCCUGCACCCUCUCGAGGGGGUCAAGCCGGGGUCUGUGAUCGGCUCAGUGGCACCCCCAGAUGCCCCUGCGCGAGGACAGAUGACCUACACAGUGGUAGGAGGUGGUGGGGAUGGCACCUUUGUGGUUGACAGUGUGACAGGGGAGAUUUACGCUGCCCGGGAGUUGGACUAUGAAGCUGGGGCACGGCACGUGCUUCAGGUGAGUGCUGAGGACACGCAGCAUGGCUAUCCCUCCAGCCGACUGGUGCUGGUACAGAUCCAUGUGCAGGACUGCAAUGACCAGGCGCCCACCUUCCCUGAAGACCCCAUCACCAUCGUGGUGCCUGAGAAUGCCCAGGCUGGCUCGUCCAUCUUCACCUUCCAGGCACUGGACGGGGAUGGUGUGGGUCCCAAUAGCCAGGUGCGCUACGCCCUGCUGCACCAGGAGCCCCCCGGGGCUCCCUUCCAGCUUGACAGCCGCUCGGGGCUGCUGACCCUUCGCCAGGGCCUUGACCGUGAGGCUGCUGCCUCCUUCCUCUUGGUAGUGGAGGCCACGGACCAGGCCCGCAACGUCAGCCAGCGCCGCUCGGCGGCUGUCACAGCCCGUGUGUUUGUGACUGAUGAGAACGACAAUACGCCUGUGUUCCUCUCACCUGCUGCCGUCAGUGUCAUGGAGGACCAGCCAACGGGGUUCGUGGCGUUGCAUGUGGUGGCCCAGGACAACGAUUUGGGAGAGAACGGGCGUGUGAGCUACUCGUUGCGAGCAGGCAACAGUGACGGCCGCUUCCACCUUAACCCCAGCACUGGCGCACUCUCCAUUGUGCGGGCCCUGAACCGGGAGGAGGUGGUGCAGCACAACCUGACUGUGGUGGCUAUGGAUCACGGUUUCCCACGCCGCUCCGCCACACAGCUACUGUCCGUGCUGGUGCUGGAUGUCAAUGAUGAGGCUCCCACUUUUGAGAAACCUGAGUAUGAAGCACACAUCAUGGAGAACUUGCCAGCUGGCAGCCCUGUGCUGCAGGUGCUGGCCACGGACCGGGACCUGGGUGCCAAUGGGCAGGUCUCCUAUGGGGGUCUCUCUGGGGGGCCGUUCUCCAUCCACCCACAGACGGGGCUUAUUGUCACCACACAUGGCCUGGACCGUGAGGAGCAGGAGCAACACGUGCUGAUGGUCUAUGCACGGGAUGGUGGCCUGCCCCCCAAUCUCUCCAAGGCAACUGUGCGGAUAACAGUAGGGGAUGAGAAUGACCACACACCACACCUAGAGAGUGAGUCCUGCUCUGUGGAGGUCCCUGAGAACCAAAGCCGCGUGGCACUCUACACCCUGCGGGCCACCGAUCCUGAUGGAGGCGAGAAUGGGCGCUUGGAAUACCUUGUGACAGAUGGAGACCCUCGGCAGGAUUUCAGCCUAGACCCAGUCUCCGGUGUCCUCUCCACUGCACGUGCCCUUGACCGGGAGCAAGUUGCUUCCUACAGCCUCACAGUGGUGGUGCAAGACCAUGGUACCCCCCCGCGCAGUGCCACCAUGUCAGUCCACGUGCGGGUGUUGGACCUAAAUGACAACGCACCUGGUUUUGCUCAGGCCACCUAUGUGGUGGAGGUGCCAGAGGACUUGCCUGUCGGUGCCCUGGUGCUGCAGCUGGUGGCUGAAGACCCUGACGAGGGCACCAAUGGGCAGGUCUCUUACUACCUGGGCAAUGAGUCACUUGGCAUGUUCCAGGUCGAGCCGCAGAGUGGGCGCAUCAGAAGUGCCCAGGCGCUGGACCGGGAACGCCACCCCAGUUACAGCUUCUUGGCCAAGGCUGUGGACUCAGCACCAUGGGAGCCCAAGAGUGCAGCUGUGCGUGUCACGGUCACCGUGAGAGAUGUCAAUGACCAUGCCCCUGCCUUCUUGCACAGCCCACUCACUGUCAACUUGUCCCGCCACACACCACUCAAGCAGGUUGUGGCCACCAUGAGGGCAGAGGACAGGGAUGCAGGUGCCAAUGCUUCCAUCCUGUAUCGCCUUGCCACCCCCAACUCUGCCUUCGCAAUCAACUCCUACACAGGGGAUAUCCAACUGCUGCAGUCCCUGGGCUCGCUCAGCCAGCGCCAGCGGACACUCUUCAUCCUGGCCACAGACCUGGGGCAACCGGCACUCUCCUCUACCGGUGUGGUGGUGAUCCAUUUGCAGGAAGAGCCCUACCGGGGGCUGCGCUUUCCCCGGAGCACCAGUGAUGUGGCCCUGCCAGAAAAUGCUGCCCCAGGCACAGCCGUGGCAAGCAUCCAAGCUAUGCACACAGGGGGCUCUUCUGGGCGCAUCACAUACAGCAUCAUCAGCGGCAACGAGAAGAACGCUUUCCUUAUCCAGCCCAGUUCAGGUGCCAUCUCAGUUCAGGACUCCAGCAGCCUGGAUUUCGAGGCCAGCCCCCGUCUGCGCCUUGUGGUCCAGGCAGAGACAGCAGCUUCCUUUGGCUUUAUGGCCAUAAACCUUAACCUGCAAGAUGUGAAUGACAACUUGCCACGCUUCCAGCUGCAGAACUACGUGGCAUUCAUCUGGGAGUCACAAAGCUAUGACUCACCAGUCAUCCAGGUCCUGGCAGAUGAUCUGGAUCAGGGAGCGAAUGGGCAGGUGACUUAUGCCAUCAACCAGUCCCUGCCAAUGACAGGCUUGUACCACAUCGAUCCUCAGACUGGCACUAUCACUACGGCUGCCAUCCUGGACAGGGAGAUCUGGUCCCAGACCCGUUUGGUGGUAACAGCAAUGGACAGAGGGACGCCGCCUCUUGUGGGCUCUGCCACGCUGACCGUUGUGGUGAUGGACAUCAAUGACAAUAGCCCCACCAUCCCGUUUCCUUGGGAGGUGCGGGUCCCAGAGAACACGCUGCUGGGCACCCAGAUAGCCCAGCUGACCGGGAAUGAUGUGGACUCAGGACCCACGCUCUCCUACACGCUCACGCUGGAUGGUGAUGCCGUGGGCACGUUCAGUGUGCUGCGGUAUGGGGGACGCAUUGCCCUGACAGGGCCACUGGACUAUGAACAGCGCAGCCACUACACCCUCACCCUGCGUGCCUCUGACACCCGCCAUGAGACUGAGGCCAACCUCACCGUCAUUGUGGAGGAUGUGAAUGACAACGCACCGACUUUCAGCCAGGGCUUCUAUCAGGUGACGUUGCCGGAGCACACGCCUGCAGGCAGCAUCAUUCUCACCGUGAGCGCAACCGACCCAGACUCGGGGAGCAACGGGGAUGUCACCUUUCACCUGGCUGUGCCCAGCCCUGACAUCGCUAUUGACCCCAGCAAUGGGACUCUCUUCACUAUCCGGCGGGUGGAAUUCAAUGCCAGCCAGCCCACCCUGGACCUGGUGGUAGAGGCCCGUGACCAUGGCUCUCCCAGCCUCUCAUCCUGGACCACAGUGCAGCUCCAGGUGCUGGAUGUGAAUGACCACAGCCCCAGCUUCCAGGUGCCACGCUACAAUGCCAGUGUCCCUGAGGACCUGCGCCCAGGAACCACUGUGCUGACACUAGAGGCAGGUGAUGCCGACCUCUCCCGGGAGAAUGCUGGCUUCGACUACACCAUCGUCAGUGGCAAUGGUGGUAAUGCCUUUCAGGUGGAGAGCCGGGUGGCCUGGGCAGGGGGGCACCUCCGCACACAGGGUGUCUUGGUGCUUGUGGAGCCCUUAGACUUUGAGGCCAUCCCGGUCUACAACCUCACUGUAGCAGCCUCGGACCGGGGCCUGCCGCAGCGCAGUGCCACAGUGCCUGUGCUCGUCACCGUGCAGGAUGUCAAUGACAACCCACCUGUGUUCACCCGAGCCGAGUACCGCACAGCAGUGAGCGAGAGCGCACCCCCUGGCACAGAGCUGCUGCGCGUGGUGGCCCAUGAUGCUGACUCAGGGCCCCGCGGCCACGUUCACUACAGCAUCAGCUCAGGUGACCAGCAUGGGCUCUUCCAGCUUCACGAGAGCACAGGGGCCCUGUGCCUGGCACGGCCCCUGGACCGGGAGGCCCAGGCACUGCACGCACUUGUGGUACAGGCCACAGACGUGCCGGGUGGGCACUUUGCACUGGUACCUGUAGCCAUAGAGGUGAAGGAUGUCAACGAUAACAAGCCAUACUUCCCAGUUGAGGUGCUGAGUGCCAGCAUGCGGGAGAACCUGCCUCCUGGCACACUGGUCACCACGCUGCGUGCCGUCGAUGCAGACACUGGUGUUUUCGGAGAACUGCGGUACACAGUGCUGGAGCAGCCAGUGGGGGAGCCCGGCAUGGCAGAGGGCCGGGAUGCCUUUGCCAUCAACAGCAGCUCUGGGGAGCUGCGCUCCCGACUUACCUUUGACUAUGAACGAACCAAAGCCUUCCAGCUCCUAGUCAGGGCCACUGAUGCUGGCAAUGCCUCUGCCACGGUGACCGUGCGGGUGCUGGUGACAGGGGAGGACGAAUAUGAUCCCAUUUUCCUGAGCCCCUCCUUCAACUUCGAGGUCCCUGAAGGUGCCCGCAAAGGGCAAAGCAUCGGGCGGGUGCUGGCAACAGAUGAGGAUGAGGGGGCUGACGGCGUCGUACUGUACUCCCUAGCAAAGCCCUCACCAUACUUUGCCAUCAACCAAACCACAGGCACCAUCUACCUGCGUGUGGACAGCCAGCCCCAGGCCGGGGCCGGGCGCGCCAAAAGGGAGCCACGCGAGAUGAACCUGGAGGUGCAGGCACGCAGCCCGCUGCCUGCCUCCCGCGCAGCCUCUGCGCAGGUCACCAUCGACGUCACGCACACCUCCUUUGGCCUGGCUCCGGACCUCAACCUGCUGCUGGUGGCUGUGGCUGCCUCGCUGGGGGUUGUGGUGGUGCUGGCCGCCGUGGCCAUUGUGCUGGCACUGGUCCGCUCUCGUCACCGCCGGGGCCGUGAUAAGCCAGAGGGGGAUGGGCCGCUGGGCCACGUGCAGAGUGGCUCCCUGCAGAAGCUCGGCCGUGAGGAGCCAGCGCUUCCCGGCGGUGAGCACAUUUACCACCAGGCCCUGCCGGGGUAUGGGGGUGAGUCGGCAGGGCCUUACACGAGGGGCGGCUCGCUGGACCCCUCGCACUCCAGCGGCCGAGGCUCCGCCGAAGCCGCUGAGGACGAUGAGAUCCGGAUGAUCAAUGAGUACCCGCGCGUGGCCAGCAUCACGGCCUCUAUGCAGGAGCACAUCUCCGCCCGCGGCCCUGACUCCGGCAUCCAGCAAGAUGCCGACCAGCUCUCCGACAUCUCCUGUGAGCCAGCCGCCCUGGAGAGUGCCCAGUGGUUCAAGAGCAAGAAGGGCUCCGGGCUGCUGCUGCCAGGGCCGCCCCCACAGCUGUACCGUGAGGAUGGGGGAGGCAGCGCCUUCCUCGGCGUGCGCUGUGGCCUCAGCGUCUCCUCCCAGCCCCAGGACUAUGCCUUCCCGGAGGAUGGCAAGCCCUCCGUGGAGGGCUCACUCACCGCCAUUGUGGCCAGUGACGAGGAGCUCCGCGGCAGCUACAACUGGGAUUACCUGCUGAACUGGUGCCCCCAGUUCCAGCCACUGGCCAGCGUCUUCACAGAAAUUGCCCGCCUCAAGGAUGAGAGCUCCCUGCGCAAGCCCUUCCCAACCAAGCCCAAGGCAGAGCCCAAGCCUCGCAUCGACCCCCCACCCCUCAUCACCUCAGUGGCCCACCCGGGUGCCAAGUCUGUGCCUCCCAAGCCGCUGGCUGGCAGGACCUUCCCGCACCCGUCCUCCCUGCGCCGCUCGCCCAUCAGCCACGAGGGCUCCAUCUCAUCCUCUGCCAUGUCGCCCAGCUUCUCCCCCUCGCUGUCCCCGCUGGCCGCCCGCUCCCCCGUGGUCUCGCCCUUUGGCAUCUCACAGGGGCCUUCUGCCUCCACCAUCAGUGCCGAGCACUCGCUGGAGCCCCCCGAGGAGGCCGAGCUCAGGAUUUAGACCUGGGCCCGUAGACUCCUCCACCCCACCCCGCAGCCGUGGGGUCAGGAGCAGGGCCAAGCCCAGGGCUGCUCUGCAUGGGUGCUAAUCCUGCUCUCCCAGCACCUUGCCUGGCCCAGGGCCCCCAUGGGCUGUGAGUUCCUGUGUCCUUUGGGGCUGCUGGCUCCUGUCACUCACUGUGGUCUGGCAGAUUCAGUGCUAGUUUUGAUGCCCUGCGGACUGCUGAUCCUAGUGCCAGCACCCCAGGGCGAUGGUUCCUUGUACUGCUCAUGGUGUCUCAGAUCAGCACGUGGCAGGAUGGUGCUUCACGGUACUCUGUGCUCUGAGAGAGGCUGGGAGCAAAUGGGUGCUCCCUGCCCUGCUGGGCGGGGGUACUGCAGACCGCAGACCCCAGACCCCGCCCUUCCCCCCGACCACUCAACCCGAGUCACGCAGCAGCCGGGGUACAGCAGGACACUGAGCCAUGCCCGCUGGCCGCUUCCCCGCAGGAGCUCGCAGGGCUGGGGAGGAAUGCUCCGAGGGCAGGGAUGCACUGCUCAGCAGGCACAGCCACAGCAGCCUGCCAGU